GUAGGGAGAGAGGAGGGAAAUGCUCUGGGCUUAACCUGCCUUUGUGAAUUGCAGCUCUCUGCUAUGGACAGUGCCAUCACCCUGUGGCAGUUCCUCCUCCAGCUGCUCCAAGAGCCCCAGAACAAGAAUAUCAUCUGCUGGACCUCCAACGACGGGGAAUUCAAGCUGCUGCAGGCAGAGGAGGUGGCCAGGCUCUGGGGGAUCCGCAAGAACAAGCCCAGCAUGAACUAUGAUAAACUCAGCCGGGCGCUGCGCUACUACUACGUGAAGAAUAUCAUUAAGAAGGUGAACGGGAAGAAGUUUGUGUACAAAUUCGUGUCGUACCCAGAGAUCCUGAACAUGGAUCCUCUCGUGGUGGGCCGGAUGGAGGGGGACCCUGAAAUGCCCGGCUUUGGGGAGGUGGCCAGCGCUCCCAAGGACGUGGAAAACUGUGGGAAGGAGAAAUCCCAGUCCUGUGCUAAAUCCUCCAGCCGGAACGACUACAUCCACUCAGGCCUGUACUCCUCCUUCACCCUCAACUCCCUCAACUCCUCCAGCGUGAAGCUCUUCAGGUCCAUCAAGAUCGAGAACCCGGCCGAGAAGCUGACGGAGAAGAAACCUCAGGACCCCACCCCUUCUGUCAUCAAGUUUGUCACCAUGCCCUCCAAAAAGCCUCCUCCCUCUGCCCCCCUGGUCACCAGCGCUUCGGCGGUGGCCGUCACUUCCACGGCUUCUGCCACCCCCACCGUGUCCUCCUCGCUUCCCCUGGGCUCUGAGGAGACUCUGCAGACCCUGGAGACGCUGGUCCUGCCCAAGCUGAGCGUCCCCGAGGCUCCUCCAGCACCUUUGCCAAACUUGAGCACCAGCUUCACCCCGACCCCCCCCAUGUCCUCGGUUUCUCCCGGCCUGCAGGUGCCCUCCACGCCCCCCUCGCCGCCCCUGAGCUCCAACCCCGACCUGGACAUUGACACGGACAUCGAAUCUGUGGCUUCCCAGCAGCUGGAGCAGGCCCAGAGCCUCCAGCACCAAUCCCCAGAGCCCAAAGAGCAGCAGGAUUCAGCUGUGCUGGAGAAGGAAUUUGCCAAUCACCUCUCCAGGUCGAAAAAACCCAAAGGGUUGGAGUUGGCUCCCACCUUGGUCAUCACGGGCAGCGAUCCGAGUCCUCUGGGCAUCCUGAGUCCUUCUCUCCCCACUGCUUCUCUUACUCCAGCACUUUUCUCUCAGACUCCCAUCCUGCUGACUCCCAGCCCUCUGCUCUCCAGCAUCCACUUCUGGAGCACCCUGAGCCCGGUGGCUCCUCUCAGCCCUGCCAGGUUGCAAGGUGCUAACACCCUCUUCCAGUUUCCAUCAGUGCUGAACAGUCACGGCCCAUUUACGCUGUCUGGACUGGAUGGACCCUCCACCCCUGGCCCUUUUUCCCCAGAUCUCCAGAAGACAUAGCACAUGGAAUUCCUGGAAAAGGACAAGCAAGGCAAAGAUAGGACACUUCUCUUCAACCACCUUUUUUUUUUAUUUUAUUUUAUUUUUUAAAAAAAAAACAAACCUGAGCAGUUUGUAAUUCCACAGAGAUUCCCAGCAGUCGUAGUUGUUGCCAUUCCCCAAUCAAAAAAAAAUGAAAAAUGCCUUUUUUUCUUUAUUUUUUUGGGCAAAAAAUUCCCCCUUUUUUUUUUUUUUUUUUUUUUUUCUUUUGGAAGAACCCAGGUUGGGAAUGUAUAUGCAAACGCCUUAAUAGGAGCUGCAGCUCCAAAUUCUUCUCCUCCUCGGUUUGGAAGAUUUUUUUCCCUUUAUCCAAAAGGAAUUUUGGGUGGUGUUGCAGCGACUGAUUCUGCACUGACUGCAAACAACACCAGAGGAGGAUUUUCUUUGUGACUCUUGGAAAAACAAACAAAAAAAACCCCUCUGUUCUUCUGCUUCCUGUGGCUGGGCAAGGAGAACCCUGAAUCCUGAUGGAAGCUGGAAUUCCAGGAAAUGCUUGGGAAUAUGGGGUGUGUGCUCUCAGCUCUGCCCCGGGGGCACCAGAACUCUGCAGCAACAAAAGCAGCAAAAAGAAAAGGGGCUUUUCUGCUGGCCUUGUCUUUUCUUCUUGUUGGGUUGUUGUUUUUUUGUUGUUGUUGUUCUUUUUUGCAGAUAGAAAUUUUUAUUCAAGGAUUUAUUCCAAGUUUGUGACCAGGACAUUUCUGUGGAGGGGUGGUGUGGCCUAACAGCCCCUUGGGAGAAGAGAUGGGGCUGGAUUUAUUUUGGAUGCUUCCCUGCCCUUCUUCCCUUCUCAUGGACGGUUGGAUGAGCUCCCUUCACUUCUCACAGAGUUUCAAUGCUGGAGUCCAAACAUUUCUUGUGCCAGAGACCUGUCCCAGAGCCUGGGAGCUCCCUGCUGGAUGAGCAGGAUGGGGGGGAAUUCUCCCUGCUUUUUUGGGGGGGAUUUUCCUGGGUUUUUGGGUGAUUUUCCUGGGUUUUUGGGUGAUUUUCCUGGGUUUUUGGGGGAUUUUCCCUGCGGUUUUUGGGGGAGGUUGCUGCCUGAGCUGGAAUCCCCAGUGGGGUGAGAACAGCAACAUCCCAGCAUUAACGUUGCUCCUCUCUCCCCACAGUUCUGGAAAAGCUUCCUGCUUUUCCCCAGGUGGAAAAGCUCCUCUUUUGCCAGCUCUUACCCCAAAUUUGUCAGUGGAGCUGUUGGUUUUUGGUUUUUUGGGGGCUGACCCCAAAGCAGCCCCGGGGGUUCCACGGGAUUCAGCCUCGUGGUAAAUCUGCUUUCACCUCCUUGCUGUGCUGGAUGAAUAAUGCAGGAUUGUUUUCCAGAGCCACUGGAGAUGAGAUGGGAUUUUUAGGUGGAUUUUUUACACCUCAGGAGGCCUUUUAAGAAAACUGAGGGGUGAAAAAAGGAGAGAUUCUCCUCUCUCAGCCCCUCACUCGGGGUUGGGUUGGGCUCUGGGUCUGUGUCCCGCCAGUUUGGGCAUCUGAAGCCAGGCAGCAACUUCUGGCUUUGACUUGGGGGUGUCAGAGGAUCUU